AUGCUUACGACAACCGGUCUUUCCCUCGCAACCCGUAAAAAUAUUCGUGACGAGUUCCAGAAUAAAAUUCCUGAACUGCAGAAAACUCUGAAUAAACUAACAGGGAGCGAUUAUGAAUUUCACGUCGAUUUUGCUACAUUACACGACGAAUCCGCUAGAGCCAACUCUGCUCAGGCUCAAUGGUACAAAUCUAGUAUGGGCCAGAUUGCUUAUCAAUACUUCGAAUCUCUUGUGGGCAACAUUAAACGUGUCGCGGAGAACGACGAUCUCGUCCGUAGCGAUUUUAUAAAAGUCACAAGCAAGCGUGAAAUUCAUUUAGUCAAUGAUAGCGAGAUCAGUGGGGACAACGAUUUAGAAAUUGUCGACGGGGUAAUUUACAUAAAGGUGCGUCCGGGUCAUCUUGGCUACAACGCAUCGGUUGGUUAUUACAUCCUUAACUAUGUGAAGGCCGACGACGAAGUCUUACCCUUGCGUACAAAGAUAAAUAUUCGGGAUGGAUGGGAAUUGAAGGUCCCUGGUGUCAAGAAAACUUUAAAGAAGGUUCUUGGCGAAGACUACGACUUUGUUGUUAACUUCGACGAAAUUUAUACCCAGGCUAUUAAAGAGAGACCUGACUAUUUGGAUUGGUUUUCUUCCAGUUUAGGAGAUAUUGUUUACGGAUAUUUCGAUUCUCUGAAAGGUUACAUUGAAAGAUACGCAGAGAAGGACGAAUUAGUUCGAAACGAAUUGCUUAAACUGACAACGACCAGAAAGAUCCACCUUGUUUACGAUAGCGAUUUGGAGACCAAUGAACUUCUUGAAGUCAAAGAUGAUGCAUUUUGGAUAAAGACAAGACCAAAGGACUUUGGUUCAAGCACCAGCAUCGGAUAUUAUUUGGUUGAUCGUGUAAAGGACCCGGAUUCUGCCUUGCCACUUCGAACCAAGGUGGAUGUUCGUGACGAAUGGGAACUCAAAGUCCCAGCGUUGAAGAAACGGCUAAAAUCAUCGCUUGGCGAAGAUUAUGGAUUUGAGGUUGACUUGGAUGAGAUUUACUCGCAAAUCAUCAAAGCUAAUAAAAGUCAACAUGAUUGGUAUACGAGAAGUUUAGGGUCUAUUACCUGCAGUUAUUUUGAUUCACUCGUUUCCAAUAUUGAGAAAACUGCGUCAGAUGAUUUGGCACGCAACGAGUUCCUUGAAGCAACUUCGUCACGUACAUUUCAUCUUGUGCUCGAUACGGAAGUGGCGAGCUACAAUGAUGUCGAAAUCGAGAAUGGUGAUCUCUACAUCAAGGUCGAGCCCAAGAACUUUGGGUACAACGUAUACGUUGGAUCCGAAAUUUCCAAAAAGAUUAAAGCUCCCGGAUCAGCGUUUCCACUUGAGACGAAGCUUAAUGUUCGCAAUGAAUGGGAACUUAAGAUUCCCGCUCUUAAAAAAAAGCUUAAGGAAGCAGUCGGUGAAGACUAUGAGUUUGUUGUCAAUUUUGAAGAACUGCUUAACGUUGGUAUAGCGAAAAACGACAGUGACGCCAGUUGGUUGAAGAGGUCUUUGGGAGAAAUCGUUUACCAAUACUAUGGCGCUCUAAUUGAAAAUGUAGUUAAGGUUGCAAAGGAUGAUGAUCUCGUGCGAGAAGGUUUCCUUGAAGUGACUGGAGAAAAGAAAAUUCACCUGGUCUAUGAUUCGGAUUGUGAAAAUAAUUGUGAUCUGCAGGUGGUUAAUGAUGCGAUUUACAUAAAGGUUAAACCCGGAAGCCUUGGCAGAGAUAGUUACUAUGUUGGACAUAACAUUGUUGAUAUAUUGUAA